AUAAUUCGCAAUUUUUUAGAAUUUAUUGUCUCGCGCAUGCGUAAACCCAACUAUGCGCAGUUAGUAGUCGUUCUUUCCCGACUGGUAUACCGUCUCACGUACGCAAUUCUUAGGAGAAGUCACGCAGUUUUCUGCACUCGUGUAUUAUCACAGAAAACGAUUAUGGCUCCACCAACAUACAGUGACUUGGGAAAAAGUGCUAGAGAUGUGUUUGGCCAAGGAUAUCAUUUUAGUCUAAUUAAAUUAGAUGUUAAAACAAAGACUAGCUCUGGUGUAGAGUUUUCUAGUGGUGGGAUAUCUAAUCAGGACACUGGAAAGGUAUUUGGUACCUUGGAAACCAAGUACAAAAUCAGUGAUUAUGGAUUAACAUUUAGCGAGAAAUGGAACACUGAUAACACACUUGCUACUGAUGUUACUCUUGCUGAUAAAUUACUCAAAGGUCUUACCCUUGGUUAUAGCUGCACUUUCUCUCCACAAACAGGGACAAAAACUGGUAAAUUAAAGACGUCUUAUGCUCAUGAAAAUGUAUCAGCAAAUGCUGAUUUUGAUCUUAGCCUUUCUGCUGGUCCUUUGAUCAAUGCGUCAGCAGUUGUAGGAUAUCAAGGAUGGCUUGCUGGUUACCAGGCCAGUUUUGAUACACAAAGAAAUAAACUUACGAAAAACAAUUUCGCACUUGGUUUUACUGCUUCUGAUUUUGCUCUUCACACAGCAGUAGAUAACGGCCGUGAGUUCAGUGGUUCCAUUUACCAUAAGGUGAAACCAGAUUUGCAAGGAGCAAUCAAUCUUGCUUGGAAUUCUAGCAACAACGUUACACAAUUUGGAAUUGGUACAAAGUAUGAUCUUGACAAAGAUGCAAGUGUUAGAGCCAAAAUCAAUUCACAUCUUCAAGUAGGUUUGGGAUAUCAACAAAAACUACGUGAUGGUGUAACAUUGACACUUUCUACAAAUAUUGAUGGAAAGAACUUUGGUUCUGGAGGACAUAAGAUUGGUUUUGCAUUAAACCUUGAAGCUUAGAUGUGAAGUACAGACAUAAAGGACUUGACCCACAGAAUUAUUUAAUGACCUUCGUGUCAUAAAGACAGCAUCACUUUACAUGCUUCAAAUAAAGUAUUGCCUAUUAUUUGUAGAUAGGUUUGUCCCAAAAUUGAUGCCACGAAAUAUCAUGCAUCUUUUAAACUUAGUUGAAGGGAUAUUAGUUUAAAACAUACACAAAUACAGUUUAAAAAUACUAUCAGUAUCUUCUUCUCCUUCUUCUACUAUCAAUAUGAUUUACAAUUAUUGGCGAAAAACAGAAGUGCAUUAUUACUUUCCUUCGAAAUUUUUUUACACUUAAUAUGGUGCAGCUUGCCAAUUCUUGUUGAAAGUGUUCAAUUAUAUAAUGAAACCGAAGAUUCAUUUAACGUAACAUGAAAAGAAAUACGCAGAUACUGAACAAAGUGAAUUGAAGAUACUAAUGAAGAUAAAAUAAAAAAAGAAAAUUAUUUAAAUUCUUCUGGUAAAAUAUUUAAAAAAAAGGAAUAAUAAAUAUUAUCACUUUAUGAAGUGUUAGCAAACUUUAUUGUUAAUCCCGAAAAAAGAAUUCACAGGAUACUUCACGUAUGUUCUUAUAAUUAUAUAGAUAAUGUUAAUGAUUGGAUUUAUUGUAAGAAUCCUUGCACUUAAUGUUGUAUAAAAUAAAUAGCUAUGUACAGGGACUUGGGACUAAAUGAUAUCAACAGAAGAUUCAUUCCUGCUUACAUUAGAAUUGAGACCUAUGGUAAAAUCCGUAUUUGAUUAUGAAGACGAUAUUCCAAUAAUUUUGUGUCUUACUAUAAAUAUAUCACAUUUUUAAAACAACACGAUAUGAAGAAAUAAAUGCUUUUAGUUACAAACAAUUCCACAGUCCUAUUUUAUGUAGUGAAUACCAUGAACGAGAUUUGUACUCAUAAUGUGUUAUUGUCUUACACAUCAUUAAUUGUUAAACAUCGAGUAAAAUCGGAAUUUAGCUUCGACCAGUUACUAAAAUAAAGAAGAAUUUAUUCUA